AUGCUCUCCAAACUCCCUGACUGGUUAAUCGGCAGAUGGGCCAGAAAGGUUGCGGAUAAGAAGGAACAAGAUGGAAAGUUUCCUACCUUUUGCGAGUUUGCUAAGUUCAUUGAAAAGGAAGCAAACGUUGCGUGCAAUCCCGUGACCACCCUGCAAGGCCUGAAGGGAGAUGACAAACGAUACAAGUCUUCAGAAUCUCACAGCAAGGCUGACAAGAAUGUCGAAAAACGAACUCCAGGAGCUAAUUCCUUUUCUACCAGAGUAGAUGAGUCUCCAUCCAAGGGGCAGAAGGGAAACCACAUGCAGCAAUGGAAGGAGUGUCUUCUAUGCAACAAGACCCACUACGUAGACUCCUGUCCUAUCUUCCUGUCUAAGGAAAUAGGCGAGCGUAAGGAGUUUGCAAAGAAGAAAGGCUUAUGCUUUGGAUGCUUGUCAAAGGGGCACAUGUCAAAGUACUGCCGACGAAGACUGACCUGCAGAACUUGCUCUAAACACCACCCUACAUCCCUGCAUGGCGACACCAAGGAAGAGGUCAAGAUAAGUGUGAACUCAAGUGCAGAAGGAGCCCAACAAGAACAUAAAGCAGUCAGCUCAAACACUCGAAUAAGUCUCUUCAGCGGAGUUGAGGAUUGCAGCCAGAGCUCAAUGACUGUUCCCGUAUGGAUUUCCCAUUGUGAUCGACCAGGACAUGAGCGACUAGUCUACGCAUUACUGGAUACACAAUCUGAUACCACAUUUAUCCUAAGAGACACAUGCGAUGCUCUUGGCCUGGAUGGACCAAAGGUUCAUCUUCUGCUUUCUACCAUGACUGCGAAGGAGCAGAGGGUAUCAAUCCGCAAGAUUAAUGGACUGCUCGUGAGAGGAUACAACAGUGAGACCAAGAUUCCACUACCAGGUGCAUACUGCAGAGAAGCCAUUCCAGCUAAUCGUGAUCACAUACCGACGGCAGACAUGGCCAGAAAAUGGCCUCACCUCGAAGGAAUGGCAAAUCACCUGAUGCCUGCAACAGAAUGA